CCGGCAUUCUUGUAACGAUAACGUGGCCUAGGUGAUAAACGUCCAAAAACCGUCUCGAGCUAUGAGUGCUGCCAGUAUAUUAGAGUUACAAACGUGGAUCGUUUAUCAGCGGAUUGCGGCGGAAUGUGCCAACUGUUUGUAAAUCAUUCCCAUCUUUUGUUUACACCUACCGCCAGUAUUAAUAGCUGAUUUAUGUUUUGUUUGUCGCACCAUUUUGAACAAGAAAAGUAUUUUCGUGUCGCAACAAUCAAAAACAGAAAACCAAUCAGACGACAGAACACGGAAAAUCAGUUUUCAAACCAACCAUCUCCCAGAACAGAAUGGUGUGAGUCAGCGGUCACAAGUGAUUGUGUUAUAAUUUUGAUUGAUUGAAAGUGAAGUGCUAUUAUUGUGAGAAACGGAAAACCGAUAGGAAAACACCGGAGGAGCAGUCACCACAAAAAAAAAAAAGAGACACGGACAGAUGGUAAGAGUGGGCCUCCGAAGGCCAUGACCGGCAACAGCAAACAGCAACAGUGAGUGACGCCGGUCAUCGUCUCGUCGCCGCCGGUACGUGGAAUUGCGAAAUAAUAGCAAAAACAUUCAAUUAAGGGUACUGUUUCCCCAACCAACAAAGUGCGGUGUGUGACCUCGAUUGAGGUGAAAACCAACCUUCCUCAUUCCCAAAGAUAUCGAACCAAAGAAAAAAAAAAGGUACAAUAGCAAGAUACAAGACUGAUACCGUCGUCAUCGUCAUCGCACAGAUCGAUCUACAAAGGUCGUUAUUUCGAGACUCUGCCAAGUGCUCCUUUCUGCUAUUCUCACCGACAACGGCUAACCGAACGGAUCCAGUCUACAUUACGGUCUACAUAUAUCGAGGGGGAGCACGCUUCCGUUUAUUUUAAGUUGAUUGCUUCCAAGAGACAAUGAUUGAUACAGUUAUGACCGACAAUGCAUUCAAAGCUAAGGACAUCGGUCUGCGGGCCCAGAAGAAAAUCCUCUCUCGGAUGGCGAGUAAAAACGUGGCCAAGGUGUUUAUCGAUGGCACAACCGCAUCCCUGCUGGACAACGUCUACCGGCUAGCAAAGACACACACCGGCAGCAAAAAAGACGCCGAACGCCUAGUCAAAAACAUCAUCAAAAUCGUGAUCAAAAUUGCCGUCCUCCACCGGAACGGCCAGUUCAACGCCGACGAGCUGAAGCUGGCCGACCGAUUCCGAGCCAAGUUCCAAACCCUGCAGAUGGCCAUCAUCUCGUUCUACGAGGUGGACUACAGCUUCGAUCUCAACUACCUGCUCAAAUCGCUCCAGGAGGUGCACGGGCUGCUCAAGUCCUGCGUCGAUCGGCACCUGACGGACAAAUCGCUCGGCCGGAUCGAAGAGGUGUUUGCGUUCUUCAGCGAUCCUUCGCUGCUGGAGACGGCCUUCCGACAGGAAUCGCCCUACCGGGACCUGAUGGACAAGAUCAUUUCCGAUCUGAACAAAGCCAUGGAAAACGGAGACAUUUAAUGGCGCUGUUUUGGUUAGAGUUGGAGACAACGGUGAACGUUCGCUGUAAUUCGAGCUUUUUUUUUUGAGUUUUGCGCGAUGCUCUGGUGUCGUACGUGAGAAUGAGGCGCCAUUCUCACACGUAGUGAUAAAUAGGCGUAGAAACUUAUGGUAUUAUUUGCUAGAAAUUGUGUGGCCUAGUUCCGAAGCCGAGCACGCUUACGAAUGGCUCUAAUGCUGUUAUGGAUAUUUAUGUACUGAACUAGAUAUUAGAAAUUUGAUGGAUAAAAAAAAAGUCAAUGAUCCGUCACUUGCCAGUCGCAUGAGAACAAAAUGCGAAAUGAUUGAAUUCGAAGUUAACUUAUUGAUGCUGUUUCGUUGGUAAUAUUAUUGUAGUAUUAUUAGUACAUUAAACGCCUAUCUAUUAGAAUCGAACUCGUACCAUUGCUCACAAUGCAGCGCAAAAAUUUUCUUAGUCAUUAUCACAUAGGAUAGGGUAGUUGAACUUCAGAAUAAAAUGGUGGAUUUUCAGUUAUGAACAAUACGUCAUUCUACGAAACGACAACAGUGCUGAUGUUAAUGUUAUUUGCCGCCACGUGAUACGACGCCUCCUUUUGUCAAAAGUUCAUUCAUGAAAUUUCUAUUUCACUUCAGAUCACAAUUUCCUAAAAAAAACAGAUAAAAAUAUCCCAAACGUUAGGCAACGGGUAACACACGAAAUACUAGAUUAACCAGUAGACACUUUGGACGCUACGUUCGCGAGUCUCUCUCAUUCUGUGGCACUCACAAUAUUUACAAUUUUAGGGAAAUAUUUACGUAUAUGCUAGCAUCACGAACAAGAAGCCCACAAGUGGUAUUGGUAGACCAUUCCUUGCUCAACAUUGUGCUCAUAUUUGCAUCUUACUCAAAUCUCAAGUAACAUUUCUUAGUCAAAUAGUCUAGAAGAGAUUCCUAAAACCACCAUAAAGCCAAAUUAAAAGAUAUUAGACUGUUGAAAAUGCUUUGACAUCCAUGUGCACAACAGAACAUGUUCUCGAUGAACAAAUUGAGAUUUGAAAUUAUGAAAAUAAAUCCACGUACUCCGGUGAGACUCGAACUCAUGACUCCCAAUUCGCUAGACGGGCGCUUCUAUUCCUUCAAGCUACGGAGUCACUCGACUAUCUCCGUCGCCAGUAGGCCUAGAACUGAACUCGAUUCCACAAUCGCACAUGGUUAUCUUCUUUUCACAAUCCAAACCUCCUUCGGAUGGGAUCAAGAAAUCAAGAAAUUGACAAAAGGUAUUAAGUUUUUUGACGGCUCACAAAACCUCUACGAAACUUAAUGGUCAUCUGAAUGUUACUUUGGAUGUUCUCAUCGUGAACAAUUAUCUUGACGAUUUUAUGAACGAUAAGUGUUAUGUCUUGUCUCGCGUCGCGUUUCGUGUGUGCGGCGAAGCAACUCGCGAGUGAAAAACCAACAUAUCGAAACCCCUUGGUUUCGUGAGUAAGGCAAGGGGUUAAUUCGUGAGUACGAAUGAAACAUACACAAAAACACUCACCAGCGUUUAUUCACGAAAAGCUAGCGAAAAUGCAUUUUAUUGUGGCUUCAAUAGUACAGUAGACGUUCGAUAACUGCAACAUGUUUACUUUUCACUUACCGAAUGAAAUUCGAUAACUGCAACAACUGACAGACGUUUAAGAACUGUCAGUCGCUGCAGAAUGCAGCCAAUGUACAUUCAAAAAACAUCGCACUGUAACAAAAGUGCAUGCAAAAUUGUUGCACUUAGCGGACUUUCACUUAAAAUGAAUUGCAGUUAAACCGUUUGCACCGAGCGAACGUCUACUGUAUAUCAAGUGCGGAGUCCCCGCAAACAAAUCCUUUAUUUCUGAAAAGCAGUACUACCACAGACAACUAGACGUAUCAUUUGGAACAAAUUGCGAUAAAAAUCAUCGUCACGAAAACAUAAUCGCCCAAUGCUAACCAAGCAUGUUACGCAAACCACUUUGUAGGUAGCGGUAGUGAACAAACGUCAAACAGGAGCAAAAACGAUGCGAGCGCCGUGACCGAGUGAUUUGCGAACCACAAAAUAUUGGAACUAACCGUUAAAAAAGGUAACGAUGAGAAGUGAGUAGAGUGAGACGUCUGUUUGUGACAGUACUGUCAAUAGUAAAUGCAUUUUUCAUUGAACUGCAAAAAGUUUAGUUGUUUCGUGAACAACAGACGAAUGUAUGCAUGCUUCGCUUGUUCGCGAAUCAAAAAGUGUGAGCUUUUUCGGGCACAUGUUGUUCUCGAGUUAGUUUGUUCGGCGUCUGCGUCUGCUCAGGUGCAAUCUUCACGAAUUUCCAUCGAAAUUCAAAAUAGAGAACUGUAGCGCUGUUUGUUUUGUUUUUUUUUUAACCCUCGAGCGAUCGCGCUGUUGUAUUUUGUACAACACGUUAAAAAAAUCUCGCUUGUUGUAUUCAGUAUUAGUGUGGUGCUGAGGCAGGUAGUCAACCGCGCGAGCUACGGAAGGUUAAGUUUUAACCUUUCAGUACUCGCGCCAAUUUUUGUAACGCGAACAGUCGCGCGUUGUACUUUGUACAACACCCAUACAUUCUGAAAUAUCUCAGGAUCCUGAUUGUUUAGAGGAGGGCUGUCUUUGGCAAAGUUGUUGUAAAUUUCAUGGGCUACUUGAUGCUGACAAAGUUGAUUCGUAAUACGUCCACUAGGCGGCGCUAGUGAGCAAUAUCAUGUUAUAUCUUAUAUCUCAGGAUCCUGAUGACUUAGAAAGAUGGUGUCUUCGGCAAAGUUGUUUGGUAAGUCAACGCCACAGUGGGCAAAAUCGAGCCAAAAAACGGAACUUAUUUUUGCCGCUGGUUUGAAGCAAUAAAAAGUAUGUACCCCAAAGGAAAAAACCAUGCUAAAUCGAUUGGUGAUGGUCUCGUGACCGGCAGGUGACGGGAAGUGGCCUCUUUGGCCACUUUUAGGUCCCGAACCUGGUUUUCCGGGUUCCGCACCAGGCUAUUUUCAAUCAAAUCAGCUAAAUAUAGAGUGCGGCACAUCAUUUCAUGUCUUUUUUUGGUAAGGGUGUUAGUGGCGACUAUUUAAGACCUAACCAAGGUCAUAUGGCCACUUCCGGAUCCUGGUCCAGUUCAUCCGGAUCCGGAUUCCGGCCAUUUCAAGUGAAGUCAGCUAUAUAUACGGUGUGACAUAUCAAUUCAUAUCUAUUUUCAAUAAGCAUGUAAGUGGUGACUAUUUUAUACCUCACCGAGGUCAUAUGGCCACUUCCGGAUCCUGGUCCAGUUCCUCCGGAUCCGGAUUCCGGCCAUGUCAAAUGAAGUCAGCUAUAUAUACGGUGUGACAUAUCAAUUCAUAUCUAUUUUCAACAGGCAUGUGAAUGGUAACUGUUUGAGACCCCACCGAGGUCAUAUGGCCACUUCCGGAUCCUGGUCCAGUUCCUCCGGAUCCGGAUUCCGGCCAUUUCAAGUGAAGUCAGCUAAAUAUACAGUGCGACAUAUCAAUUCAUAUCUAUUUUCAAUAAGCAUGUGAGUGGUGACUAUUUUAUACCUCACCGAGGUCAUAUGGCCACUUCCGGAUCCUGGUCCAGUAUCUCCGGAUCCGGAUUCCGGCCAUUUCAAGUGAAGUCAGCAUAUAUACGGUGUGACAUAUCAAUUCAUAUCUAUUUUCAAUAAGCAUGUGAGAGGUGACUGUUUUAUACCUCACCGAGGUCAUAUGGCCACUUCCGGAUCCUGGUCCAGUUCUUCUGGAUCCGGAUUCCGGCCAUGUCAAAUGAAGUCAGCUAUAUAUACGGUGUGACAUAUCAAUUCAUAUCUAUUUUCAGCAGGCAUGUGAAUGGUAACUGUUUGAGACCCCACCGAGGUCAUAUGGCCACUUCCGGAUCCUGGUCCAGUUCCUCCGGAUCCGGAUUCCGGCCAUUUCAAGUGAAGUCAGCUAAAUAUACGGUGCGACAUAUCAAUUCAUAUCUAUAUUCAAUAAGCAUGUGAGUGGUGACUAUUUUAGACCUCACCGAGGUCAUACGGCCACUUCCGGAUCCUGGUCCAGUUCCUCCGGAUGCGGUUUCCGGCCAUGUCAUGUGAAGUUUACUAAGCAUAAAUUGCAACUAUCAUUUCAUAUCUAUUUUUUGUAAGAAUGUAAGUGGUGACUGUUUGAGACCUCACAAGGCCACUCCGGGAUCCUGCUUCAAUUACUCCAAUUCCGGGUUCCGGCCAUUUCAAGUGAACUCAGCUGAAUAUGCGGUGCGAAGAACGAAAUAUUUAUUCAGUGUAAAUAUAACAUCUUCUAUUUGAUUUCUUGUGUUUUUGUAGGCAAAUAAACAAAACAUUUUUUAUUAUUUCCGUAGAUAAAAUUACAGUUAAGCAAAUGGAUGUAUCGAUUUUACUACUGGACUAACAUUUUUGUUGAAUAAGAUCUUAAAAGAGCUUUCUUUCGAUUGCAUUUGUAUGAUAAGCUCUUAUGCGGCUAAUUUUGUUAGUAGGGUAAAAAACCCAACUUCUGUGGAAAUUGCUCCGUGUAUUUUAUCUGAAUAUUACUGUAGGGUUUUCAUUCAAUAAUUCCAUUACGAGUUCUUCUAAUAAAUUCGUCCUUAGAGGAUUGAAAAUCAAAUUAUAUCCAUAAUAUUACCUACAAUAUCUUGUCGAAUUACUCAAGUGAAAAAAUCUUGGAAGUAUUACAGCCGUAAUAAUUUCUGAAUAAGUUAAAACAGUACGGAUGAAAUUCCGGAAAUCAUUGCCUAAAAAUAUUCAAAGGCAUUGCAGAGGGAAUUACGUGGAUAGAAUGACAAUUCAAUCGAUAAAGUGAUAGAUCGACCCGAACAAAAAUUUUUCACCAUACUAACUUUAAAUGCGUUUUAAAAAUAGUUCCCGGACUCGAUUUCGACUAGUUUUUAAGCGGAGAAUCAGAUUAUGAAAUAAUCCGGAUACCGCUAAAAAACCAAUUCCGGAAGAUUUUUUCCCAAAUUAUGAGUAAAAAAGUCGCAUAAAAAAAUAUAGAUAAUUCAUGAGAAAAUUCUCCAAAAAAUAACACUUGCCAAAGAUAUGCAGAAAGCAUUUCCAAUUAUAUUGUGGAAGAAAUUCGCAAUGAAAUUAACAUUGGAUUUCCCAAAGAAAUUGCUGAAGAAGUUCUUAAAGAAAUUACUGAAAUUACUUUCAAACAAAUUGCCGAAGGAUUUCCGAAAAGAGUUACAGAGCAAAGUCUAGCAAAGUGGUUAGGGACUUUUUUAAUCAUCUAGCCAAGGGAUUUCUAUAAAAACUCAAGGAAGAAUUUACAAAAAAAAAAAAAGUAUUGAAGGAAAUACCUUAAUAAUUCUCGAAGUAUUUUCUGAAGCGAUUUCCACAAGAAUCGGUCUCUUUAGUAAUAUCUAGAUUUCAUGACAGUUCAACUUGAACUGUUAUUUUAUCCACGAAAAUUAAAACUGGUUAUUUGACUACAAAAACAUUAGAAAGCAAAUAAAUGGUGUAACAUUUAUUCUGAAAAUGUAUUUCGUUCUUCGCACUGUAUAUUCAGCUGACUUCACUUGAAAUGCACGGACUCCGGAUCAGGAGGAACUGAACCAGGAUCCGGAAGUGGCCAUAUGACCCCGGUGAGGUCUCAAAUAGUCACCACUCAAAAGCUUAUUGAAUAUAGAUAUGAAUUGAUAUGUCUCACCGUAUAUUAGCUGACUUCACUUGAAAAGGCCGGAAUCUGGAUCCGGAGGAACUGGACCAGGAUCCGGAAGUGGCCAUAUGACCUCGGUGAGGUAUAAAAUAGUCACCACUCACAUGCUUAUUGAAAAUAGAUAUGAAUUGAUAUGUCACACCGUAUAUAUAGCUGACUUCACUGGAAAUGGCCGGAAUCAGGAUCUGGAGGUGCUGGACCAGGAUCCGGGAGUGGCCAUAUGACCUCGGUGAGGUCUAAAAUAGUCACCACUCACAUGCUUAUUGAAAAUAGAUAUGAAUUGAUAUGUCGCACUGUAUAUUUAGCUGACUUCACUUGAAAUGGCCGGAAUCCGGAUCCGGAGGAACUGGACCAGGAUCCGGAAGUGGCGAUAUGACCUCGGUGAGGUCUCAAAUAGUUACUACUCACAUGCCCGUUGAAAAUAGAUAUGAAUUGAUAUGUCGCACUGUAUAUUUAGGUGACUUCACUUGAAAUGGCCGGAAUCCGGAACCGGAGGAACUGGACCAGGAUCCGGAAGUGGUUAUAUGACCUUGGUGAGGCCUUAAAUAGACACCACUAACAUCCUUACCAAAAAUAGACAUGAAAUGAUGUGCCGCACUCUAUGUUUAGCUGAUUCGAUUGAAAAUAGCCUGGUGCGGAACCCGGAAAACCAGGUUCGGAACCUAAAAGUGGCCAAAGAGGCCACUUCCCGUCACCUGCCGGUCACGAGACCAUCACCAAUCGAUUUAGCAUGGUUUUUUCCUUUGGGGUACAUACUUUUUAUUGUUUCAAACCAGCGGCAAAAAUAAGUUCCGUUUUUUGGCUCGAUUUUGCCCACUGUGCAACGGCUUACAGAUUAUUGGCCGUUUAAUUGGAAAUUCCACCACUAGGCGGCGCUAGUGAGCAAAUAAACUUUAUAUCCUAUGUAUCUUGGGAACCUGAUAACUUAGAAAGAUGGUGUCUUCGACAAAGUUGUUUGGUAGGUCAAGUACUUACGGAUGAUUCGCAGUUUAAUUUGAAAUUCCAUCACUUGGCGGCGCUAGUGAGCACGUAAAUAUUAUAUAUUAUGUAUCUCUGGACCCUUAUUACUUAGAAAGGUAGUGUUUUCGGCAAAGAUGUUUGGUAUAUCAAGGGCUUAUAGAUGAGUGACAGUUUGAUUUCAAAUGCCACCACUAGGAGGCGCCAGUGAGCAUGUAAAUGUUUAAUCUCAUGUAGCUCAGGAUUCCGAUUAAAAAGGCACGGGACACCGUCUUCAGCCAGAGGCUGUACAGACUGAACAGAACUUAACACUAGACCAUGGACACGACAUACAUUACAUCCACCAGUGGAUAGCAUGGUCUGGUUACACGCUUGGUAACGCUAACCGAACGGCCACGAAGCUCCACUUUACUCGGAAAAAAUAUAUCUUCGGCAAAGUUGUUUGGUAGAUCAAAGACCAAAUGGAGGAAAAGUUACCUCUCGUGCCGACCUUCUAAAAGAUCGAAAACUUACAGAUAGUUGUACGUUUGAAUCGUAAUUUCAUCACUAGAUGACGCUAGUGAACAUAAAAAAUGUAUAUGCAAUAGUUCUCAGGAUCCUGGUUACUAGAAGAGAGAUGGUGGUUUCGGCAAAGUUGUCAAAUAGGUUAAGUGCAUUUGGUUGAUGGGUCGUUGAAAUCAAUAUUUCGCCAGUAAGUGGUGCUAUUGAGUAUGCAAAUUUUAUAUCUUAUUUAUCUCCGAGUCUGGGAAGUUGAUAUCUUUGGCAAGGUUGGUUGGUAGAUCAGAGGCUUUCAGAUGAUUGACCAUUUGAUUCGUGCUUCUGCCACCAGAAGACGCUAGUUGUAAAUUUGCAUGAGCAUGAGCGUGUUAUUAUUCAUCUAGAAAAAAAAAUCAACGAGCUGUAAGUUUUUAUACUUCCGAACUAGCUUCCGAAAGUUUUCAAAAUUUGAAAAUUACACAACUAGUUGAUUAUAAUUUGUUUAAAUUUGCACUUGAUUGAUUAAUUUUACAUGAAGUUAAAGCGCUUAGUAAAAUAUUCAAUAUCUGACCGUCGUAUUUCAAUAUACUCUAUCUUGUCAAUGUCACGGGAUAAGUACAUCCAUCCUUUAUCCAUCAAACAACAAUGUCGAAGACAUCAUCUUUCUAAGUAAUCAGGAUCUUGAGAUAUAUGAGGUAUAAAAUUGGAAUCCUCACUAGUGCCAUGUGAGGAUGUGCAAUUGCACGUCAUAUUUGUCUUCAUCAGUUAGUGUUUGAUCUACUAAACAACUUUUCAGAAGACACCAUCUUUCUAAGUAAUCAGGGUCCUGAGACAUACGAGUUAUAAAAUUUGAAUACCCACUAGCGCCACCUAGAUGUGGAGUUUCAAAUCAUACGGCUCUCCAUCAGUUAGUGUUCGAUCUACUAAACAACUUUGCUGAAGACACCAUCUUUCUAAGUAAUCAGGAUCUUGAGAUAUAUGAGUUAUAAUAUUUGAGUACUCACUUGCGCCACCUGGAUGUGAAAUUCCACAUCAUACUUGUCUUCAUCAGUUAGUGUUUGAUCUACUAAAAAACUUUGCAAAAGACACCAUCUUUCUAAGUAAUCAGAGUCCUGUGAUGUAUGAGUUAUAAAAUUUCAAUGCCCACUAGCGCCACCUACAUGUGGAGUUUCAAACCAAACGGCUCUCCAUCAGUUAGUGUUUAACCAACCAAACAACUUUGCCGAAGACACCAUCUUUCUAAGUACUCAGGAUUCUGAGUUAUAUGGGAUAUAAAAAUUACAUGCUCACUAGCGCCGCCUAUCGGUUGAAAUCUGAAUUUCUCAGAUCACCUCGUGAAAGCCCUUGAUAUCCCAAGUAACUUUGCCGAAGACACCAUAUUUCUAGAUCAUUUAGAUUUUGAAAGCACUAAUUCAUAUUCAACUGUCUAUGUUAUCUUAAAUAUAGUACGUUCUUCAUAUUGCCAUUUUCAAUUUUUCGCAUUAUAAGGCGUUAUACUGUUUUCAAAAAAGGUCUUAUAAUAUUCCAAAUAAGAUUACUGUAGAAUACAUUUGGGGUUGACAUCGAUAGAAAAGAUGGUUUCAAAGUAAUAUUCGAUAAUUCUCAUGUGUUGUACAAAGUACAACAGCGCGAUUGACGGAAGGUUAAGUUUUUCAGAGAUGAGAUGAGUAUGAAAGAUUAAAAAACAACACAAUCAAUCGGUGCCGUAGUCGCUUUGUUUUCGAAUAUAAAUAAUUUUGGAGCAUACGAUCACAGGCAACGCGACCCUAUGUUAAUAUACUAAUGAAACGUACUAUGGUGUCUGAACAAACCGUAACACGUCUACCGUUGGUAAGGUAAGGUAGAGAAAAUUGGUGGUCUAAUGAAAAUUCGGUCAUAAGGGCGUGCAUGGUAAGAAAAAAUAGAAGCAGUUGGAGUAGAUCAUACUUUUCCAAUGUCCAAAGCAAAGUUCAACUACCGUAUCAUGAAUUGUAUGGUAAGUUUAGGGAUAAAUGGUUGUACAGUUCAAUCCUAAUCUCAAUACUCGGCUUCUAGGUAUAGCUAAGAACAAUUGCAUUCGUCCACAAAACCCGAUAAACUAAAAAUAAAUCGAAAACACUUCACUCACAUAAUCAAGAAACCUGGCACCAUUGUACACCGUGAGAUGGAGGUAUCAAAGAUUGCGAACACCAAUGUUAUAACUUUGAACAAUUUUGAUUAACAAAUAAGGUUGACCUUUUCACUACAAUAGUGUUUAGAGAAAUCUAUGUAGAACUACAUCGAUCUGAUUUAUUUUUCGAGGUUCUAAGUCAAAUCUAACCGUAAACAGGGUUGCCAAUUCUCUGGAUCAGUGCUGAAAAUGUCAUUUCGACAUAUCUAAAUUCAACUACCUACAUCUCAAUUUAGAAGUUGAACCUUAGAAUAUGGUAUAUGAAAAACUUGUACGGCUAGACCAGUUCUACAAGAAAGCCACGGAAAAACCGUUUUUUUUCGAAUAUUUAUAGUAAAUGUCACGGAUUACCUUCGAAAAAUGCUAAUUGAUAUUUAUGGUGAAUAUCAAUUGACAUUUUUCGUAGGUAAUCCGUGACAUUUAACUUAAAUAUUCGAAAAAGAUCGGUUUUCCAUGACUUACUUGUAGAACUAAUCUAGCCGCACAAGUUUUUCAUAUAUUAUAUUAUCAGGUUCAGCAUCUAAACUGAGCUGUAGGUGUUUGAAAUUAGAUAUGUCGAAAUUACAUUUUCAGCACUGCUCUGGAUCAUUUAAUAAACGAUUAAGCAAGUCAUUGUUUUCAAAAACGAAAAACACUCAAAAAGAAAUGAACAACACUGCGCUUUUUACGCACACUGGAUUAGCUAUGUAUGGUAUAGCAACCUAGUAAGUUAAUGAUAUUUCGAUUGAUAGCAACGAUAUUCUAAGUCAUUUAUUGUAUCUCUAUACCUUACAACACACUAGAUAAAUAGAUAAAAAAAAUCUAUCGAACAAACACGGAAAAACUCAUAUCAGUAGGUCAGCCGCCACAGUUAAAUCUGAAUGUCCUGGAGACGGAAAAAAUCCUCAACUUUCCGAAUGUACUUAAAAUGGGAAUCAAUAAAAAUCAGAAAAAAGAUUCCCAAAAACUGACCAGAUUUAAUAUUAAAUGGCACUACACAAAGCAACAACUCAAACAACUGGAUUUCAACGUCUUUUUCUGAUAUUUUUGCCCGAUUUAGUCAGAAGUUACUAGUUGUUAGUUAACAAGAGUGGCGUGGUAUUAUGUUAGAACGGAUAAGAUAUCAAUGUUUCCGAGCAAAUGAACAUAUUCCCAGGAAGGACCAGUUUUUCAACCUAUUCUAUCCGGUAAUAGAGAGAGAGAAAGAGCGAUAACAAACGCACCCAACCAGUAGAAUACUAUUUUUUUAUUAGAAAUGAAACAGAGAAACAUGGGAAGUUUGUGUAAACAGAAUCGAAACCGGAAAUGGUUGCCUUUUGAAAACAGGACAGAAAAAACAAUAUGUUGUUUGGUAGAUUGGACGUAAUGUAUAGAGCAUAAAUCGUACGGUUUGGCAUGCAAAACUACAUCACCAAAUAAUGUAAAGAGAAAUAGAUAUUUUGUUCGGAAUGGAAUAAAAAGCAAAAAUGUAGUGAUA